UGCUUUGGGCGCGUAUUUCAAAAUGUUAAAGAUGGCGGAAAGUGAGACAAAGACAACUGUGUCCACCUUUUUGCUGCGUUAAGAUCUUUCUAGAGCGUUCACACGAUGUCUGAAGACAAGGAGAAUGUUGUUCCUGUCACACCUGGAGUCUUCAACUCGCAGGAGACCAAAGUGGAGGUUCCGAAAGCCCCAAAUAUCGACGACUUUGAGAUCUUGAAGCCGAUCAGCCGGGGCGCGUUUGGAAAGGUCUUUCUUUCACGAAAGAAGAACAACCAGAAGUUGUACGCCAUGAAGGUGGUGAGAAAGGCUGACAUGGUGCAGAAGAACAUGGUUCAUCAGACCAUCGCAGAGAGAGACGCUCUGGCUCUGGUCAAAAGUCCCUUCAUCGUUCACCUCUACUACUCUCUGCAGUCCAAACAAAACAUCUAUCUGGUGAUGGAAUACCUGAUAGGAGGGGAUGUGAAGUCCCUGUUACACAUCUACGGGUACUUUGAUGAAGACAUGGCCAUCAUGUACACAGCAGAAGUUAUCCUGGCCCUGAAGUAUCUACAUGGUCAUGGCAUCAUUCACAGGGACAUCAAACCUGACAACAUGCUCAUCACCAACAAUGGGCACAUCAAGCUGACUGACUUUGGACUUUCCAAGUUCAACCUGAAUAGAGAAAUCAACAUGGCAGAUGUGAUGGGCACUCCAUCACAGGUGAAAACGAGUAACGACUACAACCGCACACCAGGACAACUGUUGUCUCUCACAAUGGCCUUGUCAUUCAGUGCACAAAAAUCAGGCACUCCUGUAGCAAAACACAAGCAGCUUCGUCAGUGCAUGAAGGACAGCCCAAUGAGCUCUGUUCACUCAAGCCCCCUCAGUCUCAACCAAUCAGCAAGCUCCAGAGGCACCAACCAAUCAGCUAGUGGCUCUUCCUUUUAUGGAAGUGUCUGCAGUGUGCUGAAAAGUCUUGUGACCAGAGGUGCUCCUUUAAAGCCCAGACUGCUAGAUUCUAGUUUUGUAGAGCCCUCUCCAGUGAAAUGCCUCACACCAACCCUCCGAGAGGCAAGCAGUUGUCCCGAUUCGUCCACGAGUGAGAUAAACUUCUUUGGGAAAGGCCCACCGUCCAAGAAUUCGGUUUCCUCCAUGUUUUUUGGCAAAGACGGAAGUCGUUCCUCCACAGGAAGUGGCGCAAAGCUUUCUGGGAAGUCCAUCCCAUGGUGCAAUUCAGAUCGAGGGGAUGCCCCUACGCAGGAGUCUGGGUUAGACCAGAAUUUCCUGGUUGUGCAAUCAAAAACAAGAGCUAGUUCAUCAAGGAAGGUAGGCGAAAGGAUUGGCUCUGCAGGUUCAGACAAUGUGUUUACAACAUCAGACGUGAGCGCGGCCAAACUGAGGACCCCUAGCCCAGCGGUACACCCUGAUAAAGACAUCAUGCAUCUGGAAACCCCUAGGAGAGACACACCAGCAAGGAACAUUUCCCCGAAGGCCAUUCUGAACCUCUCCUCCCUGGCAAGCUCCUGGCCCAACUGUUGCAGUCCACAGUGGGAAGAGAGUUUCAUGAAUCAUGCUGCUAACGCAAACAACACAAAACAAGACAUCUGCACUGCAUCCCUCCCAGACAGCGGGUGUGUUGUCGACACGGACGAAGAGAUCCUCUCUCCGGAAAAAGACUCGGUGGCACCAUUUCAGAACCACUUUAGAAAAAUGGAAAGCUGUGAAGUGAAUGCAAGGCAGCCUCACCCUGGUGUCACAGGUCAGAAGUCAAAGGUGGUAGGUCAUGACGACAGUGACUCCAUCAUAGAGACUGAGGAAGAGUUUUUCUCUCCAGAGAAAGAGUCAGGGAAUGUUGUAUGUGGCAGUGAUAGAAAAAAGGAAGCAUUUGCGCAUAUCAAGAGGCAUUCCUACUCUGGUGUCAACGGUACCAGUGAUGGGUCAAAGGUGAUAGGUCAUGACCCGGGUGCAAAGUGCAUGGGAGACAUAGUCGGGUCAGGUGGAGUGAAGAGGGCGUUUGAGAUGGUAGAGUUGAGCCCAGAAUGGGAAAAUGGUGAGCAGAAGACAGACAAACUAUGCAAAACUCAGGACACAUUUCCUCUGAGGUCCACGGGCUUGACUCUAGCCUUAGACAGGAUCUCUGUGCAGUCUAUGCUUGACUCAGCUGCUGACAAAAAUGAUAAGAGAGAAAAUUGCAGAAAAUACCAGGAAGAGUCCAACACGAAAACGUCUUCGUCGGAAAAUACAUCCGCUUCAGAAGAUUAUUCUAGAAAUCAAGUUAGAGAGAAAAAUGGACCAUUUGAAAGCACCAGAAAGCAGGCAACUGGGAAUGAGGAUGAGAUGGAUCCAAUCCUGAUGCUUAGCAAUCCGCCAAGCCCAAUCGACUCACACCCACAGCCAUUUCCGUUAGAUGCCCCUCCCCCACGUGAUAACGUCACGUCUCCUCUAAAGUCUGCCGACACAACCUUAGAGCACGACAUGAGUCUGUUGAGCGUCGAGGACGACGACUCGAGGCCAAAUUCCCGCAACAUGAACUAUUCCAUCGAAAGUCUCGACCACACGAAGGAAGACUCGCGACCGAGCUCAAGAAGCUUGAACCAUUCUGCCGACAACUUAGAUGUCAUCUGGGAAGACUGUUCGGCGGAUCCUGUCGCGUCAAAUCCACCGCCGCGUCGGCAGAGUACGGGAAUGAUCAAGGAGACGCCGAAGCGAGAGGUGAUGUUCCGAGACUCGUGCGAGAUCUACGCACGAAGCGACCACAGUAACUACUCGUCCGGGGCAGACUCGUCUGUGUGUAGUGUGGACGGACGUGUGGAUCGCGUAGGAAUGACAACCACUCCUUUUGGGACCCCAAUGAAUGGAGGCCGAAAGGAUUCCAAAGGAACACCUCAGAACAUGGGCUGGAUACAGAAAACUCCCCACCAGACCCCUGCAAGAACCCCCUUCAGGACCCCCAAGAGCGUGCGUAGGGGCCCUGCACCCCCGGAAGAGGAUGGUAGAGUCCUGGGCACUCCAGACUACCUGGCACCAGAGCUGCUCCUGGGGAAGAAACAUGGAGCUGGGGUUGACUGGUGGUCCCUGGGAGUUUGUCUGUUCGAGUUCCUGACAGGAGUUCCUCCCUUUAACGACCAAACACCAGACCUGGUAUUCCAGAACAUCCUCCACAGAGACAUCCCCUGGCCUGAAGGUGAGGAGGCCCUGUCAGACCAGGCUAGAGAUGCCAUUAAUUCUCUCCUGUCUAUGGAGGACUACAACAGGCCUGGACCAACUGAGCUCCAAUCACACCCAUUGUUUAAAGGGUUAGACUGGGCAAACCUUCACGACAUGGCGGCCCCCUUCGUACCCUGUCCUGAUGAUGACACGGACACCUCGUACUUUGAGGCAAGGAACAACGCGCAGCACUUACAGAUGUCCGACAUUGACCUUUGACCCCAAAGACCCCUCCUUUGGAUAGGUAGUUGUUGCCAAGCAGCUGACCAACUGGUAGAGCUGUGUACCUAAAUACCUGUACCGGUACAGUACCUUUAAAAUUGUUUAGGUACAGGUCUGGACCUAAACAUCUGUGUACCUGUAUCUGUACCUAAACAAUUUGAAAUUUAAUCACUAUUGAACACCACUUUUUGAGACUAAAGAUAAGUAAAUUCCAAAUCAAAGGUUACAAUUGUGAUUAUCUUGCAGUUGAAAAUUUAGAAAACUUUGUUUAGAGAUUCAAAUAUCUAAAUCCUCCUAUAUACAAAGAUGACAAUUUCUCACUAAAAAAGACAGUUGGCUACAUUUAUAACUUAGAGACAAUUGAUCAAACUUUUCUAAGUACACGUUUAGGUCCGGACCUGUACCUAAACCUGUGUACCUGUAGCUAAAAUUUCUUUAGGCACUAGUGCACAGCUCUACCAACUGGACAUGAAAUUUUGAUGCUGCACUUUUAGGCUUUGUGUAUUUGCCAAUUACAUGCAAAGCCAGUUGUGGUCCAGAAAAGUAACCAAUCAAAUGUCAAUUACACAGCUUUUGCCUUUCUCAUUGGUUGGAGAUUGGCCGAUCCCAUAUGCUGUCUUGGAAGUGUUAUAAGGCUGACUUUAAUCAAGGAAAAUGAUUGGUUAUGUAAAAUAAGUGUAGAAUAAAGUUCUAAAGAGCAGUGUUCCUGAAAAAAAAGAAUACAUGUAUAUGAAAUGGCUGUUAUGCCCCAAAUCAGGAAAUUACAAUUAGAUUUUACUUUUAUUGAAAUCUGAUGCAUGUACUGUUUAUGUAUGAAAUUUAGAAAGUCAUGAAAUCCUGUGUAUUGGUGGGAACAGAGUGUUUAUAUAAUUAUCUAAAUGUUGGGAAGGCACAUACCUUGAUAAAACAAACUGCUGCUAUGUUGGUAUAGUUCACAUGUACUGUAGGGUGAAUGGGGGCCUCUAGUGACACUGAUUGGUAUUGCACUACAUAGUGACUUUGUUUCAUGCAAGGGUAUUUGACAUCUAGAAUCAUGAAUGAUAUACUUCUAAACCUCAUAGUAGGAAUAUACAUUGUUGCAAAUACUGACUAAAAUAGACUAACUGCAUUUAUGUACAAUAGACAUUAUCAAUUUUCUUGGUGAAUAAAGUUGUGAUAAAACAA